CUCUGCCCUUAAACCACCGCCGGUGCCCGCGCCUCGCCUCGCCCUGCACGGGCAGCUGCAGGCGGGCACCGCGUCCCCAUCCCCGUCCCCAUUGCCACACACACACACGGCCAGCGCCCAGCCCGGCGGAGAAGCAGGGGCAAGGGGCGGCCGGCUGCGCUCCUAAUAAAGCGCCCUAUAAAUAGGCUCCGUGCACGGCCCUCGGGCUUUGGCCGCCGCGGCUCUGCAGGCGGCGCGGUGCAGCCCAGCCCAGCCGUGCUGUGCCGAGCCGUGCCGAGCCGGCAGGAGAGCUGGGGCUGCCGCAGCCUGACCCCCCCCCCCAAAAGCAAGAUGCCCCGGGUGGACGCAGACCUCAAGCUGGACUUUAAAGACGUCCUGCUCAGACCCAAAAGAAGCAGCCUCAAAAGCAGAUCAGAGGUUGACCUCACGCGCACCUUCACCUUCCGCAACUCCAAGCAGACGUACACGGGAAUUCCCAUUAUAGUGGCAAACAUGGACACUGUGGGGACGUUUGAAAUGGCCGUGGUUAUGGCUAAACAUGCAAUGUUCACUGCAAUUCACAAGCAUUAUUCCCUGGAAGAAUGGAAGCUGUUUGCUGCCAAUCACCCAGAAUGCCUUGAGCAUGUAGCAGCAAGCUCGGGUAGUGGCAAAGCCGAUUUGGACAAGUUAACAAGUAUUCUAGAGGCCAUCCCACCUAUCAGAUACAUCUGCCUGGAUGUGGCAAAUGGCUAUUCGGAACACUUCGUGGAGUUUGUGAAGUCUGUCCGUGCUAUGUUCCCAAAUCACACCAUUAUGGCAGGCAAUGUGGUGACAGGAGAGAUGGUAGAAGAACUUAUUCUUUCUGGAGCAGAUAUUAUUAAAGUGGGUAUUGGACCAGGUUCUGUGUGUACCACUCGGAUUAAGACGGGGGUGGGCUAUCCCCAGCUAAGUGCUGUUAUUGAGUGUGCAGACUCAGCACAUGGCUUGAAAGGACAUAUCAUCUCUGAUGGAGGAUGCAGCUGCCCAGGAGAUGUCGCCAAAGCGUUUGGAGCCGGCGCUGAUUUUGUCAUGCUCGGAGGAAUGUUUGCAGGCCACGACCAGUGUGCUGGAGAGAUCAUGGAGAAGAAUGGCAAGAAGGUGAAGCUCUUCUACGGGAUGAGCUCUGAUACAGCCAUGAAGAAGCAUGCAGGAGGGGUUGCUGAAUACAGGGCUUCGGAGGGCAGGACCGUGGAGGUGCCGUACCGCGGGGACGUGGAGCUCACCAUCCUGGACAUCCUGGGGGGGCUGCGCUCCACCUGCACCUACGUGGGAGCUGCCAAACUCAAGGAACUCAGCAGGAGAACAACGUUCAUCCGGGUCACCCAGCAGCACAGCCAGGUCUUCUCGUAGCCCAGGACCGGGGAACUGGAGAGAGGGGCAGGGGGAGAGGAGCAGGAAGGGCUGGUGUUUCGUUGUGCUUUCUCCUCCUCGGUGCAGUAGUGGCAAGUUCUCCUCUCUCUGCAGAUGGCAAUUUCACAGCCACGAUGGCUGGGAUUUGGACAGGGAAGGUUGUGCUAUUAACACAGUGCCAUUGGUUCAAAAUGCAAUAGCCUCAUCUUUUAUUGUGCCUAUUUUAUUUUUUUUUUUUAAAUAUAAUUUCUCCUCCUGUUUCUUUCCCUCUGACAAACAGCUGCUGAAAGCCCAGCUAACAAGGAAUUGGCUUGUACAGAUAUGUCUGUUGCACCUGCACAUGUACACACAUUCCCUCUUUGAAGGCUGGCCUGGCAGCCACCACUGCUUCUGACAGUGCACCCUCCAGAGACUGCAGGCAGGGAGAGAGAAAGAUGGAAGGGGUUGAGUGGAGGAGCCAAAACCCAAAUUGUCGUCACCUUUCCUCUGGCAAAAGGGUCAGUGUUUGUGGCAGGGCUGCCAGCCUGCACGAUGUCAGAGGUGGAUGAGGCCUGACUCCUGCGAGCUGCUUACUGGGAAGAUAAAAUGCCAGCUCUCCACUCUGGGUUCGCAGGGCUGGUGCCCCCAUUUGUACUUAAAUCUCCCUCUUUCAAUGGACCUGCCUCUUCAGGGAAGUUGUCAUUGAAUGUAGCAAACCCAUGCUGUCCUCCCUGUCUCCGUCUGUGGAGAUCAUUCAGGAGAGGACAGCUCAGAGCUUGCCUGCUUCUUUGUGCACGCUGUUACUGAAUUACCUGGGUUCCUGCUUUUACCCAUGCUCUGUGGUCAGAAUUUUUCGGGACGUACAACCUCAGCAACAGUAAACCCACCUAGGGGAGGUUCCUCCGCAGCCCUCCCUGCUCCCUCGUAAGUUUUCUGCCUGUUCAUGUCCCUUUAGCAAAGAUGUAAGGAUGCUGUGCUGCGCACUGUCUGCGGCCAGGUGAAUGAGGUCAGAGAAGUCAAACUCACGUCUUACUUACUUGGUGCCACUCCUUCGCAGUCCUUAGCGUCGUGAAAAUCACAAGGGAGCUUCCAGCAGAACAGCCUGAUGGCAAGACAGUGACAGGCUGAGAUUGAGUUAAAGCACUUGCUCUAAAGGCAGUAAUGAAUGUUUAAGACUCUGGGUAACGCUUUAACAAAGUGCAACAGCCCGCUAAUUAAUUGAUAAAUCACAACAAAACUUCUUUGGAAACACGCAUGGCAUCCGCACGAGUAGCACAGCAGCUCGUUAUGAUGAAGGAUGUAAAAGUGAACACCAAUGAAUUAAUCAUGUUUGGCCACUUACUUCGAAGUGCUGCUGAGAUCGCAGUACAGCUGAUGUUACUUCGUUCAGGGGCUUGCUUUCCCCUCCUGUAGGUAUCUGUGGAAAGAGGUAGGCUUCCUUUGCAAAGCAAACAAGUAAGCUGUAGGAAGGGGAAUAGCAAAGAGACUCUAGAAUUAGGCUCAUAGGCAGGACUGCCCAAAAAGCCAUGCACAAGGGUUGGUACGAUCGACCUUUCUAAGGAACAAAUCAAGGCCACAAAAUGAUCCCCGAUGACUUUUAAGUGUGCUUUGCACAUUAGUAAAGGCACCGGAGGUCUUCUAAAUGGCCUCAUAUUUUAAAUGUCUUCCAUUAAACUUGCAGGGCGUCGGUCUUAAUUGUGGUGUGACCCUUUCUUCUGUUUUGGAGGUGAGUAAGGGCCUUAAUGUGAGUAUAGGUUAUGCUUGUGCUGGCUCUAAGGACCAUUUGUCCUGCCCAAAAUUUGUAAAGGAACCUGAACUCAGAGAGAAGCCGGCCCUGUGAGUAAAGGCUCUGGUCUCUGCUCCCUCCAGCCUGAAAGCAUCAUGUUAAGAAGUUGCCUCGCUUCUUUACCACAGAUCCUACGGUGGGCCAAAUCCUGCUCCCUGAGCCCAGAGUACAGGCGGUGUUACUGCCCUGCAGCUGUACAGCAGCAGGGGGUCACCUUCCCUCAUUUACACGCCGUGCAGUGCAGGGGUAGAAAGGCAAACAAACACCUCUGCGAGGAGCCCGUGCCAGACCUGACGGCAGGUGUGUCUCCACACUCGUGCCUUCACACGUGGGAGGCGAGCAGUCUGCUGGUCUCACGCCCACUCUCACUAUUGCUUUUCUACUUUUUUUAGCUACAUUUCUAAACGAAAGAGGUACAUAUACGUAGUAUAGAUAUAUAUAUUUGUAAACAUCUUUUCUAACAAGAUCAUACGCACAUUGAACAGAGCAGCUUUGUGACAUCUCUUUGGAACAGUUUCUUUUCCAAAGGGCAGGCGCUGAGGGCACGGGAGGGCUGCCUCUCCACAGGGAUGGCACGCGUGGAGUCUUCUCCCUGGCAAACCUCACACUUAGACUGCCCAGGGCCGCUCACAGCCGCUUCCCUGUCCCUUUGCACAGUACCUCUGUCUGGCCCCUGGCUGAUCUGGAGGGAUGGGGAUAGGCUGUACCUUAAGAAGUGCCCUGAAUUCUCCAGACGGUGAAUGACAUUGACACUAAGAGUGGUGACUGGUAAAGCUCGAGAUGAGGGUGUUUGCUUUUCCCAAUCACAGCUGUUACCAGCAUUUCGAUAGGCAGCACGUGCUCUGCUUUGUUUUCUCUUUCUCCAGCAUGAGCAGGAGAGAGAAAUCAGCUGCAGAAAAGGUAAACUGAUGGCAUGCCUGCAUCUCGCCCGUAGUUACACAUGGGAUUUUAGAGACAAUGCUCAACCAGGUCAGCACUCACUACUCACGCUCAAAUGUGCAGCUUUCGGACAGGUUGCAAAACAGAAAAGAUCAGGUGUGAGCCUUCAUUUAACAGCCACUCCUGUGCCUCAGUAGUUGCCUUUGUUGUCUUUUAGCCCCAGCUGCCGUGCCCUGCUCAAGCCCGCUGCCACUCUCGGGAGAAACGGGAGCAGAGGCGCUGAGGCUGCGCUGUGCCUGGCAGGAUGGACCACGCAAAGGCCAGAAACACCGGCAAACGCCAUGUGCCAUUUGCAGAUCUACCUCACCUGCGCAUUUUUCCAGGUUUUCUGUCAUUUGCUGUCUCGUGGAACAUCCUGUCCCAUUUGUAAGCGCUUAGUGCCAGGCGAUUCUGCUCAGCCUGGUCUUCUUCAAGCCUGCCACCCCAGCCCCAUCCUGUCUCCCUGCUGCAGGAGCACUGUGAGUGUGACAAGGGCUGCAGGCCACGCUCAUGCCUGCUUCCCCCAGUAAUGCUGAGCUGAGCACCCCAGGGCAGUGUUGAGGUCCAGCCCCACAGUGCUUUAACUGCAGACACCAACAACCUGUAAGUGGGGAUGCCGAAAAGGGCCUUGUCACACCACUCAGAGGAGCCCAGCUGAGCACAUCAAUCCCUGGUAUCUUGAAACAAGAUAACACCUAAAAAAUCCUUUCUGCCAGCCUGGUUGUGGGGGUGGAAAGGACUGGGGGUGACAUAGAGACAGGGCAGCAAUUAGCCAGGCCCCGCCGUGUCGGUACAGGGGCUCGUGCUUUUCAGUCAUGGGCACUUGGAGAGCUGAGGGCAGGGGCCGGAGGGGCUGCAGCACUCCUGGGUCAGAUCAGAUGCUGCCGCAGCUCCGCACCCCUAAAGACAGCAUUUACCUGACACGGUGUUUACUGUUACUGACGUUUUCAUACAUGGCUAAGCAAUUCGGAGUCCAAAACUCUGUAGUGUUGCCUGCGAUAACUGUAAAGCGCUUCUGCAUAAUCAGCCAAAAAGCGCUAACGAGCCUUAGCUGUCUUCCUGCCCCGCUCCGCACUGCUGAGGUGGCGAUGAUCAGCGCUGCCGCCCCUCGAAUGCAGCAAACCCGUGCAUGCAACGCCUCCAGCGCAAGGCCUUCGGGAGCUGUAAGUGGGAAGUUUUGUUAUGCAAUAAAAAGCUUCACUCUGAUGGUCUGGAGAGGGUUUUGUGCUGUGCGUGCACGGGUGCCUUCCUGCCUCGCUGCGAAUGAAUGCAGGUGUGCUAAAAACACGGUGCCGGGGGGCAGGAGAAAUGAAUUGGACGAAUUACCUCCAGGGGAAAGCUAUCCCGCGUUCAGCUGUAACUCAUGAAGACAAAGCACGCGUUUGCAAUUGGCACUGUUAUUUUAUUAGUACGAGUAUACUGAAACAAUAAACUUGUACUGGUAUACAGACAAUUUCUUUAAAACAAUUUUGUUCAAAUUUUGAAUCAAACAUUGUUUUAUUAUAAUAAUGAAAUAAUUUCUACCUAGAAAACCUGCAAGCACCAUCAAAGAAAGGGACCAUAAAAUUCAAUAAACAGACGCGAGUGUAUCCUACAAAUAGACACACCACCAUUAGAAAAUAGAAUAUGAAUUCUUCCAUUUUUUUUUUUAAUAUUUGUUUUAAAAAAGCUAGUGCAAGUACAAUAUUUUACACUGGAAUUACAGAGAGUAUGCACGCAUAUGGAAAAAAGUUCUCCUGUCACAAUAAAAGCUCUUAACUAUG